AUGAAUCAGGACGCGAAGAAAACUUCCACGAACAUAUACGGAAGAGUAAACGUGCCGCCAGUGGAAAGAUGUCGCGUGAACUUUUGCACGGAUCUAGAGAAGUCAGUUUUGAUGAGCAAUUUCGAGCGACGCGGCUGGAACCAAGUCGGACCCGACGACGAGUGGAACUUUUAUUGGGCCUCAACUCAAACGUGCAGAAACCUAUUCAGCGUCGAAAGCGGCUACAGAAUGAACGACAACCAAAUGAUUAACCACUUCCCGAACCAUUACGAGCUGUCCAGAAAAGAUCUUCUAGUCAAAAACAUCAAAAGGUAUAGAAAAGAACUUGAAAGGGAAGGCAGCCCUUUAGCCGAAAAGGCCGAAAUCAUGCUACACGGCGGGCAAGUUGUCACACGAUACGUUCAUCUCGACUUUGUGCCCGUCACCUUCGUCCUCCCAGCGGACUACAACAUGUUUGUCGAGGAAUACCGCAAAUCCCCACAGAGUACCUGGAUAAUGAAGCCAUGCGGAAAAUCUCAGGGCACUGGAAUCUUUCUUAUAAACAAACUAUCGAAGCUGAAGAAAUGGUCCCGCGAGGCAAAAACUCCCUUCCAUCCGCAACUGAGCAAAGAAAGCUACGUGAUUUCCCGAUACAUAGACAAUCCUCUGCUAAUAGGGGGAAAAAAGUUCGAUCUGAGACUCUACGUGUUAGUCGCGUCUUUCCGACCUUUAAAGGCUUAUCUAUUCCAACUUGGCUUUUGUAGGUUUUGCACCGUGAAGUACGAUACCAGCGUUACAGAGUUAGAUAAUAUGUACGUUCAUCUCACUAACGUCAGUGUGCAGAAGCACGGAGGUGACUAUAAUAGUAUCCAUGGAGGUAAAAUGAGUGUACAGAAUCUGAGGCUAUAUUUAGAGGGAAGCCGGGGGCGCGCUGUGACGGAAAAGUUAUUUUCCGCGAUGCAAUGGCUGAUUGUGCAUUCUUUGAAGGCUGUUGCUUCCGUAAUGGCCAAUGACAGGCACUGCUUCGAGUGCUACGGGUACGACAUUAUAAUCGAUAACCAGCUGAAGCCGUGGCUCGUCGAAGUGAACGCCUCGCCGUCUCUAACGUCUACGACAGUCAAUGACAGGAUACUGAAAUACAAGUUAAUAGAUAACAUUUUGUCGCUAGUUUUACCGCCCGACGGGGUGCCCGAUGUGCGUUGGAAUAAAUUACCUAGCGCAGAGGCGUUGGGGAAUUUUGACUUACUUAUUGACGAAGAGCUAAUAGAAAAGGAGGAACCGAGUUCCGGCAGUCGUAUUGGGAAAAGUCGGAAAAGUUAACGUGAAUAAAUAUUUAUUUCCAAGAUUGAAAAGACGUUCGAGGUUAGCGCAUAUUUAUUUAAAGAGAAGUUCACUCGCAACUUUUUGUAAAAAAGGCCGUCACAAACAUUUCUCGCGCGUUUGAGAUUAACACCCACCAGGUGCAUACAUAAACAAGCUCAUGAAAAUGUCGCUUCAAAGUGCAUCAAAGGAGGCGUUUGUGGAGGUUGUGCACAUGCCGCCAUUUGCAUUUUAAUGUUUGCCGCCGCGGAAAAAUAACACCGGCCGCCAUUUUAUAUGCUAAACAGGAGUGAACUCUACACCGAUUAAUAUUGCAGGAGUUUUAUAUGUUGUGGGAAGUUGGCGUUGUCACAAAGGAAGUUCAUAAUUUGGUGUCGCCGCGGGACAGUCGGAACUUCUGGAAUUGGCUGAAGAUGCUUGUGUCGGGUUUUGUUUUACUGUGUAGGUGGUGACUGGUGAGGGGUAUCUUGCAGAGUUUUGUAAAUGACCCGGUCGUUUGGGUAAACAUAAAAGUUAGUUAGUUAGAUAUUUAUGUUCAAUAUUCUUAGCAUGUUUGCAUAUUUACAAACCAAGCCUGUGUAAAGUUUAGUUCGUUCAUAAAAUUUCUUUUUAGAUGUUAUGAAAAUAGUUUUAAUAAUUAAUGUUUGCUUUAAAGUAGUCUCUACAUACAUACGGAGUUUAUUUUAGUUAUUUUUUCACUAUUUUCAUAACA